AUGGUUGGAGAAUUAGCGUAUACUACAGUCUUGGCCUCUGCCACACGCCAACUGUGGUGUGGGCUGAUAUCACGGAGGCCGGCGCACAUCGAUCUCUCCCAAUUUCUCUACUCCGAUCCGUGCCUCACAAAAUCAGUGCAUCCUUUAGAGUUUAUGGUCAAUAUAGAGACUCACAGCAUACAGCACACGCGAGAGUUGACGCUGGAGACAGAAUUCAAUAAUGACCUUGACGGUGUCGACAUUGACUGGGAAUAUCCAGGGGCACCUGACCUCCCUGAAAACGACCCUGGCACGGAGGAAGACGGACCCAACUACCUGGCAUUUCUUGUCGGUCUCAAAAACCUCCUGCCGGGAAAGUCUGUCUCCAUUGCAGCACCGGCAUCCUACUGGUACUUGAAGCAGUUCCCCAUUAAAGAUAUGGCCAAAAUCGUGGACUACAUUGUCUAUAUGACUUAUGAUCUUCACGGACAGUGGGAUGCGUAUAACAGCAACUCACAGAAAGGCUGUGCUACGGGUAAUUGUCUGCGCAGCCAAGUUAAUCUGACGCAAACAAAACAGUCCUUGGCAAUGAUUACCAAAUCAGGUGUCCCUGGCGCAAAGGUCAUUGUCGGUGUGACAAGCUAUGGUCGUUCCUUCAAGAUGGCAGACCCAAAUUGCUCGGGGACGGAUUGUCUUUACACUUGCGACCGCUUACAUUCUGACGCAAAAAAGGGCGAAUGCACCAAUACUGCUGGCUACACGAGCGCCGCAACAAAAAGGACGCGCACCACUCUGUAUAGUGCCUGGGGCUUGGGGGGAACCUCUGACUGGGCCAGCGACCUGCAAACCUAUCAUGAUGUUCCCAACCCGGCAAAAAGCUGGGCCAACUUCAUCCAGCUCGCCAAAGCAGGGGAGGACCCGAAGACAGACCAGACGCGUAACGGAAACUGGACCUCGUAUAAUUGCGCUGACGAUAAUGUGGCAAAUCUGUUUGAUUUCACACCCUCACAACGUUGGAAGAAUAUGGACACUGAUACGGCAUGGGGUGACAUUAUCCGAAUUUGGAAUGACACCGAUAGUCCACGGCAUACUACUUUCAUGGAAUCUGUUGUAAGUACCACCCACUUUAAGGGUCAGGCUUGCGAUGAAAUGGAGUCAGGGAGCUGCAGUUCCAUUGGUUGCGAAGACGGUGCAAAUGGCAACCACUCUGGGCCCGCAGCCUUUUUCAUAUUGUACUCGAUGGCCGAAAUUCAUAAGAUGUACAAGAAAUACUACGACGGCUUAUUCAUGUCUCUCAGUAUUGUCGGUACGGCACUCGACGAUAUGGAGAACAAAUUUGCGCCUAUCCCGCCUGAAGAAGACGAUACCUGGCUCAAUAUUCUCAUCGACAUGAUCACACUUGGCUCCCUAGGAACUGCCGGGCCGUUGUUCAACACGAUGUUGAAGGACCAUGAUUGGUUUGCAGGGAAGACUGGCAGUGCCCUGGACAACGCAAAGGAUACCACUAUGACCCUCGUAGGACAAGGUACAACUACCGCCAAGGAUUUACUAUCUCCGGGUAACGAAGGGGAAUGGACACCUGAAAAACAGGAUGAAUUCUCAGCCUAUAUGGGGCAGGUCGUGUAUGGCUGGUCCAAUGUCACCUCCCGCGCGCUUUUUGAAGUAAGCGUCUUGAUCUACACACAAUGUUAG